AUGUGUUAUUUCCACACGCUGAAGCCGAGAAGAAUUAUAGCUUUACACACUGCUAACUUACGACCUCCCAUCAACAUCCUCUUCACAGCGGACAACCUGCCUCUACAUCCAAACUACUACAAAACACGCCCACAGCGAACACACGGCCACCCACUCUCCUUUAUAACAAACGUCCUGGUCCUCGCACCUAAUAAACCCCCAAUAACAUCUACCUCUGUUAUCGACACACCUCAUAGCUCCUCAUUAAGCAUCACUAACAUUUCCUUCCCCCGCCGUCCCCUUCAGAGAGACAAGAGCAACGACCGCAAAGUGACCCUGAAGGAAGUGUCCCUCAAGACAUCCGGGAAAUACAAGUGCGAGGUCUCUGCUGAGGCUCCUUCGUUCCACACGGACUCUGGCGCCGGAGAACUGCUCGUCGUCCACAUGCCCGAGCACGACCCACACAUCUCGGGCAUGCGCACAAAAUACCACGUGGGUGACCUCGUUCAGGUGAACUGCACUUCCUCUCCGUCGAAGCCAGCGGCCGCCCUCAUGUGGUACAUCAAUGACAAGCAGGCGGACAGCGGGUUCCUGGUGGACUACGCGCCGGUGUCGAACGGCGGCGGGCUGGAGACCUCGAUCCUGGGCCUGCACUUCCGGGCGCGCAUGAGCCACCUGCGCCACGGCCACCUCAAGCUCCGCUGCUCCGCCACCAUCGCCGCCGUCUACUACCGCGAGAAAACCAUCUUCGCUCGCGGCUUCCUCACGCACAACGGCGACGUCCUCGAGAGCCGCGGCAUCUUCUCCGGGAGCGACGGGCGCGGCCUGACGGGGCUGUUGCUGCUGGCCCCUCUCUUGGGCGUGCUGCUCCUGAGGUAACACCGCCCGCCCUCAGCCCACAGCGAUGCAGCAGCAGCCGCAGGACCUUCUCGCCGCCGUGCAAGCUGGCGUGAUGGCCGAGGAAGCGCCGUUCGCUGCUGCUGCUCCUGCACUUCCCCUUCCUCUAUUGCUUCCCCUUUCCCUUCCCCCUCCCUCUCUCUGCCUUUCUCCCCUCCCUUCCCCUCUUUACCUCCCUCCCCCAGCUGCCCCUGCGAGCAACUGAACCGAACUCCAGUGCCAAAGUUUUAGCUCUCUCUGCCGCAGGAAGUGCCAAGGGCGGAGGCCGACGCGUGCUCUCUUCCCGGGAC